GGCUCAGAGCGGAGUCAGAGGUGUGACGUCAUAGCUCACCCCAUGACAUCACCGCCACCCCCGAUGGCGCUGGAGCCCGCGGGGCCGCGGGAUGAGUGGGGGGACGAGGCCCGGGGGCGCCUCCGCCUCGCCCGCUUCAUCAUGGAGGCCGGGGUGAAGCUGGGCCUGGGCUCGCUGGCCGUGGCCACCGCCUGUGCCGCCUUCCACCGCUGGGCGCGGGCGGCCAGGCCGGGGGCCCCCCAUGACCCCCACCUCAUGGCCGCCGCCGCCAUCUUCCUGGCCGCCAAGGCCCAGGGGACUCCGCUGCGCGCCAGGGAUGUCCUCAAUGUCACACACAGGCUGCUGCACCCCGGGCAGCCCCCGCCGGGCCCUGAGGGGGGGUUCUGGGGGCUGCGGGACAGCCUGGUGCAGUGCGAGCUCCUCCUGCUGCGCGUCCUGCGCUUCCGCGUCCCCGUCGCGCACCCGCACAAGUACCUGCUGCAGUACCUGGUGGCCCUGGGGCGCUGGGGGGGUCGCCGGGGGGGCUGGGGGCCACGCCGGGUGCCGGGGGUGUCAUGGGCGCUGGUGCGGGAUGGCGCCGCGGGGGGGCUGGGUUUGCGAUACCCCCCCCAGCACGUGGCGGCUGCCGCCCUACACCUCGCCCUCGCGCUCUGCGGCCGGGCGCCCCCCCCGGGCGCCCCCCCAAGAUGGUGGCAGGUGCUGAGCCCCGGGCUGGGCCCUGCCGAGCUCGAGAGGAUUCUGCGGGAGCUGCUGGCACUCUACGGCAUGGACGCCACCGUGGCGGCCCCCUCGAUGGACAGACAGACGGAGACACCCCCGUCGGACAGACAGACAGGGGCACCCCCCUCGGACAGACGAGCAGAGACCCCCCUGGCAGACAGACGGACGGAGACACAGCGCCAGUGGGCAGACAGGAGGGAGGACAGAGCCCUCCCCAUGGUGGAAGGACAGACGGAGCCCCCCGGGGACUGAUGGACGGACAGACAGAGCUUCCCCACGAGUGGAAGGACAGACAGAGCCUCCCUUGCUGGUGGAAGGACGGACAGAGCCCUCUGGGGAUGGACAGACAGAGCCCCUCCACUGUCAGCAGAGGAACAGACAAACGGAUAGAGCUCCCUUGCUGGUGGAUGGACAGACAGACAGCCCUCCCCACCAGCAGAUGGAUGGACAGACAGACACCCUGCCCCCCCCCCCCCCCAAAAUGACUGAGCAAAGGGCAGUGAUGGACACCGGACAGACAGACGAACACGGCUCCUUCCCUCCUGUGUUCAGUGCCCCAAAUAAAUAAUUACAGGUGAUCAA